AUGCUGGCCACCUCCUUGCUGGCGGCUGCGGCCCUCGCCCAGCUCGCACAGGCGCAAUUCCCCCCGCCGCGUGAAGGUGUCAAGACGGUCCGGUCCAAGCACCACGAGGGCAUCACCAUCUCCUAUAAGAACCCCGAGAUAUGCGAGACUACGCCGGGCGUCAAGAGCUACAGCGGCUAUGUCCACCUCCCGCCGAACUCGGUGAACGAGAAGGGCGAGGAUCAGAACUACCCCAUCAACACAUUCUUCUGGUUCAUCGAGUCCCGCAAGGACCCGCACCAUGCGCCGCUCCUCUUGGGUAUGCUGUCUGAGAACGGGCCCUGCGCCAUCAACGCAGAUAGCAACAGCUCAACUCUGAACCCGUGGAGCUGGAACAAUGAGGUCAAUGUCCUCUAUAUCGACCAGCCCGUCCAGGUUGGCUUCUCGUAUGAUAGCCUCAACAAUGGCACCUAUGACCUCUUGGCGCUGGAUGCAAUGGACGAUUCGCAUUCGGAAGCCUUUCCAAUCACACUGGAUGACUUUGCAGACGGUGUCCCGGAGACCAACUCAACCUUCUACGUCGGCACCUUUGCGAGCCAGAACGCCACGCGAACGGCCAACUCAACGGCGCACGCUGCCGUUGCCCUGUGGCACUUUGCGCAGACCUGGUUCGAGGAGUUCCCCCAGUAUAAGCCCCACGACGAGAAGAUCAGCUUGUGGGCCGAGAGCUAUGGCGGCCACUAUGGGCCCAGGUUCAUGGAUUUCUUCCACAAGCAGAACCAGAAGAUCGCCGAUGGUGAGAUCUCCGGCCCGGGGACUCACUAUCUGCACCUCGACACCCUGGGGCUCGUCAACGCGUGCAUCGACGUGCUCGUGCAGGAUGAGAGCUACUCGACCUUUGCCUGGAACAACACGUACGGCGUCAAGGCCGUCAACGAGACGAUCAAGCACAAGCAGCUGUACGAGCUCCACCGGCCCGGCGGCAUCCUCGACCAGACCCGGGAGUGCCAGCGCCUCAGCAAGGCCCUCGAGGCGGCGGAGAGCCCGGGGCUAGACGCCAGCUACGUCGAGUCCUACUGCCGCAACGCGUCCUUCUUCUCCUCCGAGGUCCUCGUCAACCCUUACAUGGAAUCCGGCAAAUACGGCUGGUUCGACGUCACACACCCCUCGGCGGACCCCUUCCCCCCCAACUACCACCUGGGCUGGCUGAACCAGCAGUGGGUCCAGCGCGCCCUGGGCGUCCCCCUCAACUUCACCUGGGUGUCGCCCACCGUGUCGCAGGCCUUCACGGAGCACGGCGACAUGGCCCGCGGCGGCUACCUGGAGGGCCUGGCGGGCCUGCUCGACGGCGGCGUCAAGGUCCACAUGGUGUACGGCGACAGGGACCUCGCCUGCAACUGGAUGGGCGGCGAGCAGGCGUCGCUCGCGAUCCCGCACCGCCACCAGAGGGAGUUCGCGGGCGCGGGGUACACGGCGCUGACCGUCUCGGCGCCCGACGCGCCGCCGUUCGUGCCGUACGGCCUCACGCGGCAGCACGGCAACCUCAGCUUCACGCGCGUCUACCAGGCGGGGCACAUGGUGCCCAGCUACCAGCCCGAGGCGAGCCUGCGCAUCUUCGAGAGGGCGCUGUUCAACAAGGACAUCGCCACGGGGGCGGUCGACCUCACGGCGACGGGCGGGUGGAGGGACGGCGUGGAUAUCUUCAGGACGGAGGGCCCCCGGGACACGUGGUGGAAGAGGAACGAGCUCAUGCCCGUGCCCGAGGGCGAGUGCUACAUACUCCAGACCAUGACCUGUAGCAGGGAGCAGUUGGAGGCGCUGAGGGACGGGACGGCUAUUGUCAAGGACUAUUUCAUUGUUGGUAUCAAGGGGGCUGAGGAACAGCAGCCCGGGGAGGAGGGCGGACUGCAGUACGGAGGGGUCGACUGGGACGAAGCACAAGAAAUGGUCCUCGGCGAGGUUGAGCUGUGA